AAACACACAUAGCACAGCAGCAUAGACGCAGCAACCAAGUGCCAUGUGGUUAGUGUAGAACCGGAUAGAGCACCAUCAACCAACAAGGGGCCACGCAAGAAUGCUCGAUCGAUCGAAACCCCACAAAUCUAUUCCUAGACCGGCACCAGCGAAGAGGCCGACCCCAAAAGUCGGUAGUAAAACUCACCCUACCAAGAAACAGUAUAAAUCUCCGUCGACGGUCAUAGCACGACUCAGCAGCAGCGAUAAGCAUCGCCCGUCGGCACGGAAUCUCGCACCCGUUAGGUUAGCGGCCGGGAGAAGGGAAGCAUCAUCCCGCGGCCAGCCCGGGAUCCAGAGCGGAAGCAGCGUGUAAGCUAUCCCGGUCCCCACGAGCGUUAUCGCACCGGUCACGAUAUGAUAGCUUAUCUGUCGAAAAUGCGAUCGUCCGCGUCGGAGAUGGCGGGCGGCGAAACGACCCAGUUUCUCAAACUAUCCAGUGCCGUGUUUUACGGCCUCUCGUCGUUCCUGAUCACCGUAGUCAAUAAGACCGUGCUGACCAGCUACCGGUUUCCCUCGUUCCUGGUGCUCAGUCUCGGCCAGCUGACGGCCAGCAUCGUGGUGCUGUUCGUCGCCAAGCGGCUGCAGCUAGUCAAGUAUCCCGAUUUCAGCCGAGACAUCGCGCGCCGCAUAUUCCCGCUGCCGCUGAUCUAUCUCGGCAACAUGAUGUUCGGGCUCGGCGGCACGCAAGCCCUGAGCCUGCCAAUGUUUGCCGCCCUGCGGCGGUUCUCCAUCCUGCUGACGAUGCUGCUGGAGCUGCUGGUGCUCGGCAUUAGGCCCACGCUCGCAGUGAAGGUGAGCGUGUUCGCCAUGGUAGGGGGCGCCCUGAUGGCCGCGCUGGACGAUCUCAGCUUCAAUCUGCAGGGCUACAUGUACGUGAUGAUCACGAACACGCUGACCGCGGCCAACGGCGUGUACAUGAAGAAAAAGCUCGACACGGCCGACAUGGGCAAGUAUGGGCUGAUGUACUACAACUCGCUGUUCAUGAUACUGCCGGCCUUCGUCGGCACCUGGCUGGCCGGUGACAUCGACCGAGCGUGGCAGUAUGAGGGCUGGAACGAUCCGUUCUUCGUCGUGCAGUUCCUGCUGUCCUGCGUGAUGGGCUUCAUCCUGUCGUACAGUGUGAUCCUGUGCACCCAGCACAACUCCGCCCUGACCACCACCAUCGUGGGGUGCCUGAAGAACAUCAGCGUCACGUACAUCGGGAUGUUCAUCGGGGGCGACUACGUGUUUUCGCUGCUGAACGCGCUCGGCAUCAACAUCAGCGUGGCCGGCAGCCUGCUCUACACGUACGUCACCUUCCGGAAGAAGCCGAGCGGCGGGGGAGGAAGCGGUGACGCUGCCUCGUCCGACAAGAAGCUUCUGCUGCCCGCCGCCGGAAGAAUCGAUAACGUGUGAGAGGACGCGAUGGUGGUGGUGGGUGCGCGCGUGUGUGUAGUAAAGCGAUCAAAACCAAAGCAAGCUAACCGGAGGGCAGAUAGUGGGGCAUAUAUUUAUUAGAAAUGUCUGUACGUUGCCCCUUUCUCCCUCCCUUCGCCCACUCGCUUGCUAAGGGCAAAUGCAUUAGUUUCACAAAAAAAAAACCAGAAGGGCAUUGGAGAUGAUUUCCCCGCGGGCGUGCAAUGUGGCCAUUGAUUCAGUGCGGUAUACCAAGUGUACAGAGAGAUGAUGAUCGAUGUAGUUUUAAGCGAUAAUCACCUAAACGUUCACAAUCACACACCACACACA